CAAAUUAUGGAGAGCUCACGGGUGAAACGCCGCCGUUUACUGAUGGUGCCAUGUCCAUACCAAGGCCACAUAAACCCAAUGCUUCAUCUAGCCACAUUCCUUCACCAAAACGGCUUCUCAAUAACCAUAGCCCACACAUUCUUCAACUCUCCCCACCCCUAUCGUCACCCGGAGUUCACCUUCCUCCCCCUCAACGACAGUAUCACCGCCGACCACGUGUCCUCAUGGGAUCUGGCGUCAGUCUUGCUAGCCAUCAACGAGAAUUGCAAGGGGAGCUUGGAGGAGGCAAUGGCGGCUAUGGCUGGAGGAGAUGGGGAGGAAUCAAGUGAGGUCGUGUGUAUAAUACACGAUGAGCUUAUGUAUUAUUGUGAAGGUGUAGCCAGCCGUUUUGGGGUUAGGAGUUUGGUGUUGCGGACCACAAGCGCCGCUACUUGCGUCAGCCGGUGUGCGGUUCUGAACCUUCACGCCGCCGGGUUUGAGGAGGAGAUACCGGCGGAGCUUCAUCCCUUGAGAUUAAAGGACUUGCCACUUCCGGCGACUUCAGAUUUCACCAAGUUCCACGAGCUAGUUAUUAAUAUGUACACUAUAACCACAGCUAAAGCUGUGAUUUGGAACACAAUGCCAUGGCUCGAGCCAUCUGAGCUCAACCAAAUCAAGGCCAAAUUUUGCCAAAUACCCAUCUUCCCAAUCGCCCCAAUCCACAAGAUUUCCCCAACCUCCUCCUCCUCAAGCUUGCUCAAAGAGGACUCCACCUGCCUCUCAUGGCUCGACAAACAACCUCCCAAAUCAGUCAUCUAUGUCAGCUUGGGAAGCGUAGCCUUAUUAACAAAGGAAGAGGUGGAAGAGAUGGGUUGGGGGUUGGUGAAUAGCAACCAGCCAUUCUUGUGGGUGGUUCGACCAGGGUCGGUUCGUGGGUCGGAUGCGAUCGAGCUUGUUUUGAAAGAGGUUGAAGAGAAGGUUGGAGAUAGAGGGUGCAUUGUGCAAUGGGCUCCUCAAAAGGAAGUGUUGGGUCAUGGAGGCGUUGGUGGGUUUUGGAGCCAUUGUGGGUGGAAUUCUACGCUUGAGAGCUUGAGUGAGGGUGUUCCAUUGCUGUGUAGGGCGUUUUCAGGGGAUCAGAGAGUGAAUGCUAGGUAUAUUAGCUGUGUGUGGGGAGUGGGGUUGACUUUGGAAGGUGAGUUGGAUAGGAAGGAAGUGGAAAAGGUUAUUAGAAGAGUGAUGGUGGAAGAAGAAGGGAGGAAGAUGAAGGAAAGAGCUAUGGAUUUCAAGAGAAGAAUUGAAGAUAGUUUAAAGGAAGAUAGGUCUUCUUCUUGUGACUUAAAAGAUCGGUAG